AAGGGGCUUGGUCCUGUGCCCGCGCCCCGUGAACGCGCAUCAAAUUAGCACCGAUGAAGUUUGUGCGACAUGGCGGAUUUCCUGCCGACCAGGUCCGUGCUAAAAGUUUGUCUACCUGUCUGCCUGCUUAACAGCGGCGAGUCGGAACAGCUGCGAAAGUCUAAGGAGAUCGACAGAUGUCUCUCCCGCGAGAAAACAUAUGUGAAGCGGUUAGUAAAGAUCCUGUUGCUCGGCGCUGGCGAGAGCGGCAAGUCGACUUUCCUCAAACAAAUGCGGAUCAUUCACGGCCAGGACUUCGACCAGCAAGCCCGAGAGGAGUUCAGAGCCACGAUCUACAGCAACGUUAUCAAAGGUAUACGUGUAAUGGUAGAUGCUCGAGAAAAGCUGCACAUCCCAUGGGGCGACCCGGACAAUCAGAAACAUGGAAACAAUGUCAUGGCAUUCGACACCCGUUCAGCUAUGAUGGCCAGAGGACAGCUGGGCACAUCUGUAUUCCUGCAGUACCUGCCUUCUAUCAAAGCUCUGUGGGCAGACUCAGGUAUACAGAAUGCCUAUGAUCGCCGCAGAGAAUUUCAGCUGGGUGAGUCCGUGAAGCAUUUCUUGGAUAAUCUGGAUAAGCUUGGCGAGCUGAACUAUAUUCCCAGUCAACAGGACAUCCUGCUCGCCCGUAAGCCCACCAAAGGAAUCCAUGAGUAUGACUUUGAAAUUAAGAAUGUUCCCUUCAAGAUGGUGGAUGUAGGCGGGCAGAGGUCAGAGCGGAGGCGCUGGUUCGAGUGUUUUGACUCGGUCACCUCCAUCCUGUUUCUAGUCUCCUCCUCUGAAUACGAUCAGGUGCUGAUGGAGGACAGGCAGACCAAUCGAUUGUGUGAAUCGCUUAACAUAUUUGAGACCAUUGUGAACAACCGUGUUUUUGUUAACGUCUCCAUCAUCCUUUUCCUCAACAAAACUGACCUGCUGGAAGAGAAGGUGAAGAUUGUUCCACUUAAGGACUACUUUCCUGACUACGAUGGGCCAGAGCACAGUCUGCCUGACAUCCAGGCGUUCAUGGUAGAAUGCUUCCGGGCCAAGAGACGUGACACCACCCAGAAGCCACUGUAUCACCACUUCACCACAGCCAUCAACACGGAGAACAUCAGGCUGGUGUUCCGAGACGUCAAGGACACCAUCUUGCAUGACAACCUCAAACAACUCAUGCUUCAAUGACCUGUGUUCACCUGUGAAACUAGAGAACGUGAAUAGGGACAAACCGUUCCUCCUAUCUUCAAAGGGGACUCUGGGAGGAGAGAAGCAGUCUCAGAAGAAUCCAGUAGAUGUCAGCGUUAUUCAGUCAUUUUUAUUUUAGUUUUUACACUCCUUUUGAAAAGUCAGUCACCUUCAGGGAUUGGUCAGGGAAUGAGUCAGUAAAGGAGACUGUGGUGGAUAAAGGUAAAAUGACAAACUGAGGGUUUGGAUGGUAGAUGGCAUCUGAUUGCUGCUGCUUUGUCUUGAAACAGCUUAUCUAGGAUUUGCUUUACAGUACAGACUUUGAGUCCAUCACCAGCAUGUUCUGGGUUUUGGAAACCAGCAAAACGUUUUAACAAAAAAGCAAAAUUGCAGGUAAACCACUUUCUAAGCAGCCACCACAGGAAAUGACCACAAAGCACAACAUUGACGGUAAAAAAAAUGAGCCACGAUUAUCUGUGUCAGAGAUACUUAGCCAGUCUUUGUGUUGAUUCUUGUGAGUCAAAGAUUUGUAUUAAUUCCUUUGCCAUCUCCAGUGCAACCUUGUGAACAUCUUUGUGUAUCUACCUGUUGUCUAUAAAGGUUUAAGAAAUAGGCUGGGUGCUCAGUCUUCAACUCUUUGUUGCUUUUUCAGGCAACCGUUUGGCAGCACCAUGCUGUCCUUUAUUCCAUUUCGCUUGGGUUAUAAUCUGCAGAAUGAAAUGUAGAGGCAAAGUAGGCUUUGCCUGGAAAACAUCACAUUUGUAAAUGGAGAAAGAGUUGAAACUGUAAGAGAUUUAACAUCAUAUCACAAACCCCAGCAGCCACACAAUUUCUGUGAAGAAGGCGCAGCAUUUAGUGCCGGUCCACAUUGUCUUACAAGCAAUCAUAGUCCGAUUUCUUUUUGACUAAUUCCUUUCCUACAGAAGUGAUGCCUGUGCUCUAAGGCAAGUUGUCCUUUUUCUUUAAUUGUUUUCAGUUGGCACAUCAGGCAGUUGUGGCAGCAGUCCACUAUUUUCUCAGGGUUAAAUGCAAACCGAUGUUAAUAGUGAUGUCAUUUUUAGAAAAAUAGCUGAAUAACAUAAUUUUGAGUGGCACCACAGUGAGACUCGGUUAAAGUGAGCAAGGCGAUGUUCGCUUCACUAAGUGGCCCUGAACUGCAAUAUAAGACCAGAAAUGCAUUGUCCACUGGAUGCCAGGUAAAGGGACAGACCUCACAUGUCUGCCUAAAUACUGAGUGUCUGUUAAAAUGUAUAUUUAAUUUCUUUAAAUUCUCUGGUUAUACUGUAAUCACCAUUGAUGAAGUGAGAUGCAAGAGAAUCUCUGGGUUGCUGAUGAGUUGUCUUUCCAGACAUGUUGCAGAUGCCAUCUUGUGGGGGUUUUUAAAAGUAAAUGACAGUAAAACAAAUAUUAUGAUUGGAAUUGAAAUUCAUCAGAGUCUAUUGUAAGAAGCCAAUCUUUGUUAAGGGACUGCUAAAAUCUGAUUCUCUGCCAAAACACUGCAUUCUUUCUUGUAGUUUUCCUGUCAAAAGUAAUGCUCUUGUGUGCUUCAGUGAGCUUCCUGUCUAUGGUCUGUACAUACUGUUACCUGUUGACAUGUAAAUAAUAUUUAGGUUUAUCUCCUUAUAUGUAAAUGGAUGUAGAAAUGGCUGUUUUCCACUGAAUGUGUUCAAAUCACUGCUUUUUUCAAUGAAGAUGGCUUUUCAUGUAGAUGUGUUUUUGUGUAACUUUUACAUUGCCUUUUUGAAAAUCAUUCCUGUGUCAAGUCUCAUACCACUCUAACCCUCUCAAUAAAUACUUUUCUAAUGAAA